AUGGUCUGGCAGCUCACUACUCGCAUUAUCGCGGGCCUGAUCACACUCCCCGUGCUGGCAGCUACGUUGCAGAUGUUUUGGCCAACAAAGAAGAAGAGCUACAAAGGUCAGCAUGUCAUUGUUAGCGGAGGAAGCCAAGGCAUGGGCAAAUCUAUUGCCAAAGAAUUCAUCAAGCGAGGAGCCAACGUUUCAAUUGUUGCUCGAACUCAACGUACACUGGAUGAAGCAUUGGAGGAAUUGAAGACUUGUGUAAUCUUAGCAGAUCAGUCAGUCCGAGCGCUGAGUGUUGACUGCGCAGAUGCAAGUGCCGUUGCUAAAGGAAUCGCAGAACUUGGCACGCCAGAUGUGUUCUUUUGCUGCGCUGCAGGCGGAACUCAUCCAGGAUUCUUCGUGGAGCUCUCACCUGAAGAGCAUGUUGCUCAGAUGUCGCUCAACUACAACUCCUCAGUCUACUGCGCACACAGUGCUAUUCGUGCAAUGCUGAAAGAUCCACCGGCGCCAGGAGUACAACGCAAGAUCAUAUUCACCAGCUCUGUAGCCGCCUUUGUCAACAUCUCUGGCUAUUCGACAUACAUGGCUUCCAAGGCCGCAGUACGCGGACUAGCAGAUACUCUGCGGCAGGAAUUCCUGAUGUAUGACGUGGGCGUCCACUGCAUUUUCCCUGCAACGAUCUUCUCCCCAGGCUUUGCGGUGGAGCAAACCAUCAAGCCAGAGCUCACCAAGAUUCUAGAAGGCGCUGACGAGGGCCAGACUUGUGAUGAAGUUGCCGAAGCAAGCAUGCGUGGCUUGGAUAAGGGGCAUGCCAUGAUCAACACUGAAUUUCAAGGCAAUCUUUUACGAUGCGCAAUGAAGGGCCCCAGCCCGAAAAAUGGUCUACUCGAUUUCUUAUACAGUUUGGUUGCAAGCAUUGCAUUACCCUUCGUGCUCUUUGACUGGGAGCAAAAGGUGAAAAGAUACGGCACGCAGCACAAGGAAGAUCUGGCGAAGAAAGGGUUGAUGAAACGUGUUUAA